AUGUGCAUAGCCCUCCGUAAACUGGGGUACAAUCCCUAUCACGGCUCCGAAUGCUUCAAGAACCCUCCCCACGACUUCAAUCUCUGGAUCGAAGCAAUGGAAUGUAAUCUUCUCAACAAUCCCUCCAAAGCGCGAUACAACACCGAAGACUUCGACCGUCUGAUUGGGUCAUACGAUGCCAUCCUAGACAUCCCGGCCUGUCUAUUUUGGGAAGAUUUAUCCCACGCAUACCCCGAUGCCAAAAUUAUUUUGACAACACGCAACGUCGGAUCAUGGUAUACCUCUGCCAACGCGACGGUUUUCAAAUUCAUGCAUAUACCCUUCUUCCGCGUCUGGCAACAUAUGGACUCCACAGUCCUGGGACCACUUUUUCGACAAUCCGAGUUGGUAUGGAAGAUAUUUUGCGGGAAUAACUAUGAAGAGUCAGUUGUGAAACAGGCAUAUCUAGAUCACUAUGACCGGAUUCGUGCGGCUAUCCCCAAGGAGAGACUGUUGGAGUUUGAAACGGGGAAAAGUGGGUGGAAGGAGCUGUGCGAAUUCCUUGAGGAGCCGGUUCGAGACGAGCCAUGGCCAAAGGCAUAUCCGACCGUGGAGUUCCAAAAUCAUAUGGAUCUCGCGAUGCAGCAUGCCAUUCGCACAAUCAUACGAUGGAUGGCACUGGGUCUUGUUGUGGGAGUGGGGUUUUGGUACUGGUAUGAGAAUCAGAGAAAGUCGGAAUACUAA